AUGGCUCGCAAGAAGAAGAGCCAGCAGACUGACGCGCCCGCUGACGGCCUCGGCCACGGCAACAGCAACGGCAACGGGCCGCCACCACGGCCAGCUAAUGGCUCCGCAUCGACUAAGAAGCCCGCGAACGAGCCCUCGACAUCGGCCCUGAUCAUCUGUCGCAACAAGCAUUGGCGCUACAUCUCUUCCUUCCACGGGCCGUGGUUGCAGCUCCCCCCCGAAGUGCUCGAGUCGCUCGCCCACAGCAACUACCUCUCCCCCCGCCCCCACCCCAUCGACCCCGCCGUCUUCUACGACCUCGUCAAGAUCCGCAAGGCCGUUGACGAGGCCACUAAUCUCGCUGUCCGCGCCACCAGCGGCCUGACCUCGGCUGCCCUCAGCAACUCCCUCAAUGCCGGAAAUGGCAUGCUGGGGAGUGCCGCUUCCCUGGGAAUUGGCUAUGGAGGCAGCGGCGGGAACGCAAAGCUGAGCAGGGAGCGCAAGCAUCGUAUGCGGGAGCUGGCGACGGCUAAGCUGAGUCAGGCUUACCAUCUGGAUGAGAUUGCGGCGAGCGUGGCUACGAUGCAGUCGGCGUCGACGCUGGAAGAUGUUGCGCAGCUGGUCUUGCAGAGGAGUCCCGGGGAUGUGGACGCCAAAUACGUGCACUUCUUCCACGAGAAGAUUCCGUCGCGCAUGAUGGCCCAAUGUACCCCACUUACCUCCCUCAAUGAGAUCAUCUUGGACCGCCCGAACGACGGCUCGCCCCUCAGAACCCGGGCUUUGACACGGAUAUUCAAGGAAGACUAUGUAAACUCUGCAAAGGACCUGUCAGAAGGAUUAGUGCUUGCUCGGUACAUGCUGGCACAACACCGCGCGGGCAAGGACCAGCUGGUUCUGGCCAAGUCCAUGCAGGAGCCGUCCGGUCGGGAUUGGAGACAGGAAGUCAAGAUCCCUGAAGAAGACCAGCCGAACUCCUUGGAAACACAGCUUCUUUUCCAUCGAGCUGGAGUCUAUUUUACCAUUGCCUGCCAGCACGUUCACACCGCUCUCGAUGGGUUGAAAGAGGAGGAGGAAGCAAAGGCUAAAAGAGAGGCUGGCAGCGCUGAUGGGGCCGAACCAACACCCAUAUCGGCCGAAGAAAAGGAAGGCCAUCGUCGGCGCUUCGAAGCCCGCAAGCAGGUGAGAAUGAAUGCUAAGCGUGCUCUUCGUGACUACAUUGCCUUCUUGUCCCACUUCGACUACACCCCUGGCAUCUCUCCUGAAAUCGCCGAGGAGUUCAUCCGCCGUAUUGGAAACGCAACAAACGGCUACUCCAAGGACAGCAAGCCAACGCCGACCAAUCGCCUCCUCGACUCCCCCUCAAGCCCAUCCUCCUCCCCCAUCUCCGAAGCCCUCGUCCCCCACCGCCGUCCCCACUCCCACAACAGCGAUCGCACAUCCUGGCCCAAACUCCCACCUCCCGAAAUCUUCCAAGUCUCCCAGCUCUUCUCUGCAACUCCGCCAUCCUCCCUCCCGCCAUACCCACACCCAACUCCAACCCCCGCAGCUUCCGCCGCCUCGGCCGCCGCAACCGCCUUCGCCGACUCCCACGAAAGCAUCACCUACCACCCGCUCCUCACGGAUGCCCUCCACUCCCUUCUCCUCUGCCACGCCCUCAUCCAAACCCCCGCAAAAGAACUCCUUCGCCACGCCCACAACGCUGCACGUCUCGCCCGUGUCUGCGAUGGCUAUCCUAUCUUCCUGGCUGCUCGUUCCCCCGCCCGUGCAGAUUGGAUCGAAGUCCUGCGUCGCGCUGGGAAUUGGAUUAACCUAUCUACCGCGUGGGAAAACCUGUGUCGUCCCGCACCGCUACCUGGGCAUGUGAAAACCGGCUCUGAUGCGCUGAGUAAAACCGGCGAUGGGAGUGGAGGUGGAGGCGCAGGUGGUGGUGGUGGCGGUGGUAGUAGACAAGAAUCUCCAACCCAAAAACGCGAGCGCCAGAAACACGAAGCGAUUCUCGAAGCUCUGGCAGAUGAGCGCGUCGUUGAUGAGGAGUCGUUUCAACGUGCUGAUGAAGAGGCUGAGAAGGUUGCAGAAUUGAGGGCUAGGAAUGGGAACUCUCAUAAUCCCUUUGACUUGAUCUCUUCCGCCGCGAAUGCGAGUACGGGCGUGAAUGGGGGCAUGAGUGGGGGUGUGAGCGUUAGUGGGAAUGGUACGCCCAAAUCCCCACACUCCCCGUCCCCAGCCCCAGCCCCAGCCCCGCCGCCGAAACGCUGGGCCCAGGACGAUGGGCGUGAAUACCCCAUUUCUACAGAACGGGCUGAGGCGAUUAGUCGGUGGGUGAGGGAUGCGCCAUUGGCGAGUGAGAGUGGGGGUGGUGCGAAGAAAGGGAAGAAGAAAGGGAAGGGGAAGAAAGCUGCGGGUACCCGAUCGAUCACUUCUCUGUCGUCCCCAUAUCUAUAA